AUGGCCGGAGACUGCGCUGACCUUGCCCCCUCUAGGCAGGGGUCCCCGGUCCGUGGCUCACAAGUCUUGUCUUUUCACAAGACUUUCAGGAUCAAGCAAUUCCUGGCCAAGAAACAAAAGCAGAAUCAUCCCGUUCCCCAGUGGAUUCGAAUGAAAACUGGUAAUAAAAUGAGGUACAACUCCAAGAGAAGACAUUGGAGAAGAACCAAGCUGGGUCUGUAAGG